CUUGGUAGGAUUGUCACUUGCGCAGCAGAAAAUUUUUCAUGGUUAUGUUCACGUUAAAUACAAUAAGUUCCCAACCUAGAAUUUGUUGCCAAGAAAAGUUAACCCCAGUUGUGAGUGAUUAGCAAUAAAGUUCCGACUGGAGCUGUGCAAAAGGACCCCGAUUAAGGCCCUCGAAUUCCGCCCCGAAAAAACGUGGUGAUGUAAUGUGGAUGUGUGUGCGCGAGAGAAAAAAAAAUCAUCAAUCCUUCGGCUGUUGAGCAAAAUUUGUUAAAGCCCUCCGACGAUAAAGCCGAUUUUUGUUACUUGGUCGACAGAUUAUAAUCCUUGGGUACGGUAAAUGGGACCGUGAUCGUGAUUUGCACAUUCGAAUAAGUUAUAUUACAGAUACAGCAACAAUGAAUCAAACUACGUACACAAUAUGGGACCCAUCACAGCCAAACACGAAAAUGAAAAUUAUCAACAUUUCGAAUCAAGGUGCAACACAAAUUGUGCAACCUUUGACUAGCGAUUUGGAAAACCCAACUGCUGCAGGAAUGGCUUCCUCCCCGCCACCAAACGCAUCAGCAGAUCAUAUAAUACUCCAAACACACGAUGGUCAAGAGUAUCUAGUGAACGAAAAUCAAAUAGGUCCAAUCGAUACGAUUCCACCGGAAAAUCUAAUUUAUAUGGCCGCCGAAGAUGGGUCACUCAUCCAGGGAGAAGUAGUUCAUGUUCAAACAACAGGGGAUAUCAUCGACCAUCAUCAACAACCGGUGCUUCAGGGAGAACUGCUACAACCUCAAGACCAAAACCAAGAUUUCAUGGAGUGUGAGGUGACCGAAGAAAUUAUAACCGACGAUUGGGUACAAACGGAUGGCCAAGAGUGUGUACAAGUUACUGUCGAUCAGCUAGGAGCAACUACUGUGAUUGGGGGUGGCGAAGAUGAGCUUCUAGUUCCUUUGCCCACAGACCAGGAUGAGUAUACCACUUCGCGGCCUUAUCCAUGUGACUUUUGCAGCAGAAGAUUUCGAAAGAAAGCAAAUUUGAUGAACCAUUUGAUAGCACAUUCAAAUGAUCGGCAACAUACCUGUAAUCUGUGCGGUGCUCGAUAUUUACGAAGGUGUGAUCUAUUGAACCACUUGAAGCUACAUGCCUAUGCUGAUGAUCAGGACGAUUUGUUACGAAGCGGACCUGAAGACGAGUAUGAUUACGAAUUGCCUAGCCAUAUAACGACAUCAAACAAUUCGCACCCCCUAUCCGACGAAGAAGAGGAACCGGAUUUGUUCAUUCCGGUAGCUCAUAAACCUUCGAUGCAAAAACCUAUUAAAAAACCUAAAGUUGCAAAAGUUGUCAACACUAAUACAAGGUACACUAAAAAGUCUUCCUCGAAUACGACUAAUCGAUCUCGGCAAACAGCCAUCCAGAAACCAGCGGAAAGCAAAUUUAACCCUUCGGUGGAACCGUUUGUCAAUUUGCCGCCACGAUUUCCAGUUACAGACGAACGAAAGCCAUUUGUAUGCCAAAAGUGUGGCAUUUCGUUUGCCCGCGAAAAGGCUCUCGCUUCGCACUACCGAAUCCAUGGCGGUGAUUGUUCGUUUGAAUGCGAAACAUGUGGUGAACGUUUCUGGGAUAGGUCUCUGUUGCAGGAUCACAUUCGUCAAAGACAUGCUGCCAAUUUGCUUGCAGCUGCUCCACCGUCGCACGAAAACGACGAGGGUAGUUUCGCAGAAAUGAACACUGAUCAACAUAGAGAAGAAAGUGAGCCAGCUUUCUAUUGCGACAGUUGCGGGUUGCUUUGCGCCCGACAGGAUCUACUCAAACGUCACAUCAAACAGGUUCAUGGUAUUGGGGAUGAACCUAUUAGUCAAAUUGUGAGGCAACGCCAACAGCAUCAGCAACAGUUGAACGAUGAAAACGAAGAAGUUUGUGAGGAAGAUGAAGAAGAUGAAAAUGAGGACGAUGAACAAGAUCCAGACAAAUCGUUAACACCAUCGAAACCGUUGUCUUGUAACGUAUGUGGUGAACAGUUUGCAGAGCCUCUAGAUCUGCUAGCACAUGCUGAGAUACAUGCUAGGGGUGACGCGUUCCAGUGUCAACUGUGUGAUGAAUCAUUUGGUGAAGAGAAAUCCAUAAAGCAACAUAUUCAAAAGGAUCACAGCGACGAAUUGACAGAAAAUUCAUGUGUAAUUUGUGGUAAACUAUGUAAAACGCACACUGCUCUGCUCAAACACACCUGGGAUCACUCAAGAGAUCGUGGCAGUAGCUAUGGAUCGCACUGUUGCUCCAAAUGUGGCAAAGGUUUCACCAACAAAGCCCGCCUCAAGCGGCAUAUGGUUUCCCAUCGGAACAAAUCGGUUCGCUGCGAGGUGUGCGCCGAAGAGUUUCCAGAUGGGCGCAGCUUGAUGAACCAUCGACAUUCGCACACCAAAACGCGGCAGUUCCCUUGCCACGAGUGCGGAAAAACUUUCGGAUCCCGCUCGUCCCAACAGAUUCACCUCAGAAUCCAUUCCGGGGAACGGCCCUACGGAUGCAGAUUCUGCUGGAAAGCAUUUGCUGAUGGGGGUACCCUGCGCAAGCACGAACGAGUUCACACCGGGGAGAAACCUUACGGAUGUUCCGUGUGUCCGCGGGCUUUCAAUCAGCGAGUGGUGUUACGAGAGCACAUCCGGUCGCACCAUUCUGCUCCCGAUCCCAGAAAGGGUUCGGCUAUGCAGCCAUACUUUUGUACCGUGUGUUCACAAAUGUUCGAAACAUCUUCGGAGCUUAUUCAGCAUUUGAUACAGCACAGCGACAACAACACGGCAAUGAAGCGGCAACCACCCACCUAUCCAAGAAAAUACAAGAGGCGGCGAAAACUGAGCCCGGAAGAAAUAGACAAAAUGGAAAACGGCAAACGAGGGAAUAAGAAAAAAUCGACUGGAUUUUCGGCGGCUGCUCUGAAAGUGGAACAGGAUGAAGAUUUGUUAAAGAACCCUGCCGAAAUUCUUCUAGAAUAUAGUUCAGGUAGUUCGAACAAAAAAUUGAUCGCGUCACCGCAUUAUAUAAACUCGUACGAUCUGUUAGCAUCCACGUCUUCGGAACGGUCCAAAACAGCUACAAUCGACGAUAAUGGAAUCAAUCUGUUGAGCAAUGUCGUUCUGAUAAAUAGCCCAAGUACGAGCGGCGAGAAAAAAUAUAAAACCAUCAAAACUGAAUCUCUACAAGGUCAUUCAGGAAACGCGAUCAAAACUGAACAAAGUUAUCAAUCGUCUGGCUCGCGUCCUAGAAUGAUUCAUACUCAGAAAACCAAAAUCGCUACCACGGAUGGUAAACGCAAAACAAAAACGGUUAUAACCAAAGACACGAAACGUCUUUCGGAGCCUUCAACUAGUUAUGUACCACUGCAAUUCAAGCAAUCCAAAGCUAUUGCAACCUAUCGGGAAAUUCCUUCGGACAAGAUUUCGUCUGAAAGUUUUCCUCUGCUCGCCGACGGGCAAGAAGAGGAUUUCGUAGACGACCAUUCGGAAUCCAGCGAUCAAGAAGCCUUGGAUGCCCUUUCGAGCAGUGUUAAUCGACGGAAUCAACAGCAGGUUCCCGGCUACGAAGAUUUAGUCAACCAAAACUUACUGAUGGAAAUUUCACGUAAAGAUAAAUACAUGGACAAAUAUAAUAAGGACAUUGUAAAUGACUUGGAGGAAAUUUUACGCUCUCCAAUUAAAAGUUCUCACCAGACGGUGCCUCCGGCUGUCAUUAUGGCCACCCCAAAAGUUAGUCACCACCUUGAUCCGGACGGCACCGAAAUCGAUAGGUUUACAGCAGCACCCCUUGAUGGAGAAAGCAUUAGAAAAACUCAUAAGCAACCCAGAAAACAACAACUUAAGACGAUCAAAAAAGAAGACGCUCAACUAUCGCUAACUAGCGCAUUACGAAAUCAACGUCUCACUCGUGGGCAACUGGAACGGGAGAUCAAUUUCCUACGGGAGGCUUACACAGUGGAACCAACUUCUGCACCGAUUAUUAUCAAACAAGAAAAAGAUAGCCCGGAAAAGAUUUCGGCUAUGUUGCUGAACGAUUUCUCAUCUGAUGCUAAUAGCAGUAAUGCGGCACCAAAAAUGGAACCUGUCAGUUUGGAUCCUGUCCCAGUCGGCCAGGACCCCUUGGCAUCGUCAUCGCCGCAACCGGAGCACGAGUCGGAAUCUAUCCUUUAUCAAUGUGAGAUGUGUUCGGCUGUGUUCGACGACCGAUCCCAGCUGUUGUUACAUGUUCCUAUUCACAUUUAGACGAUUUUGUCAAUGAAUAGUGCACACAACGAACGUUCAAUAAUACCAAUGCCAUUUAUGCCCUCGUUGUGACCCGUUUUGUUGUUUCAAUUGAAAUCAGUUUUUUUUAUUAUAACCUACUCUACUCUUUAACAAAAUUACACAUAUUCAAAUGUAGCCAUUGACAUUGGUAUAAUCAGAAAGGGAAAAUGUAAUCUAUCAUUUGAAGAUAAAUGAUAGCAUUGGAAGCAGGAAAUUCAUGAACUUUGAAUUGAAAACUAAAAA